UCACGGGACCCGCGCGCAAGAUUCAGAUGUACAUCAAGAACAGACACUUGCAGAUCCUGCCUGACGGCACCGUCAACGGCACGAGUGACGAUGUCAGCGACUACAGUUUACUCGAAAUGUGACCCGCAGCCACAAACACUGACGACAAAAAGCGCCAUAGCACUGUUUACGCUCCUCUCGCUGCUCGCCACAUUAUCGAUACUGCAGAGGACGUCGGUCAAUAAGGGUCAACUGAAGAUCCAAGGAGUGGCAACGUGCCUGUACUUGUGUAUGGACAGUUGCGGGCUGUUAUACGGCUCGAAAGAAUUCACGAAAGACUGUAUCUUCAACGAAAUCUUCGAGCAGCACCACUACAACACGUACACGUCGGCGCGCUACUCGGACGGCCGGCGCACGCUGUACGUGGCGCUGAACAAGCGCGGGCUGCCGCGCAAGGUGCAGGUGCGGGCGGGCGCGCCGCUGCGCCGCCUGAGCACGUACACCCGCACGCUCACCAAGCCGGCGCCGCAGGCCGCCCCCACGGCGCACCCGCUGCGCCACCACGCGCACCACCAGCUGUGCCCCGUGUCGCGGGCGCCCGCGCAGACGCCCGACGACGCGGCCGCCGACGGCGACGCCGACGGCCGCGACAAGACGCGCUGCCGGCGCCGGCGCAAGCGCAAGAAGAGGAAGCGGCGCUGCCGCGACGGCGAGCCGGAGGGAGAAGACUGCCAGGGCCGGGGCAAGGGGCAGGCGCGGCGGCCCGCCAAGGGCGGCAAGGCCCGC